CUCUGCCUCUGAGAAGGGAUGUUCGGACCCGAGCACCUGGCGAUCGCGGCCACACUCUUGGCGAUCCUCCCACAUGCCAAAGGUGGCCAGUGCUGGAGCGACAUGAAUAGGCAAGGCCGCUGCUCGGAAAGCCUUCGUACCAACGUGACGCGGGAAGAGUGCUGCAGCGACGGUGGUGCCACCACGGCAUGGAGCCCCAAGGAUCUGCGAUCUGGUGAACUCUUUUUCUGGAUGUCACUUGGAGGGGGGGUUGUCUGCAAGGCUUGCAAAGUGUCCUGCGACGGUGUAAGAUGUGGACGGGGUAUGCGAUGCGUCCUGAGGAGAGGUCGGCCAGCUUGCGUCUGCGCCCCACCGUGUUCUCGUCGCAAAAGACAGAUGGGAGAGGUGUGCGGUUCCGACGGGAGGACUUACAAGCACCUGUGCCGACUCCUUAAGAGGCAGUGCCGCAAAGGAGUGCCUCACCUCACCGUCGAAUAUUUUGGGAAGUGUCAGAAGACUUGCGAGCGGGUGCACUGCAGCGGCCGCAAGACUUGUUUGCUUGAUCAAGUCUUACGACCGCACUGUGUCCGCUGCCAGGAGUACUGUCCGCCCGGCCCGCUACUAGCUGACACCGUGUGCGGGGCGGAUAACAACACCUAUCCCAGCACAUGCCAUCUACGGCAGGCCGCCUGCACCAAGGGGAAGGCCGUGCCUCAAGCCUACCGGGGAAAGUGCAGAGCUGGUGCGUCGUGCGACAACAUUCGUUGUCGUAGGGGUAAGCGUUGCUUAGUGGACCCCUCGGGAGGCCCUCCCAGAUGCGUCACCUGCCCUGGACGGUGUCCAGCAGUUCCAAGGACGGAGCCCCUUUGCGCCACUAACAACUACACCUAUGGCACCUGGUGCCAUAUGAUGCAGGACGCCUGCAAGUACGGCGUCCUUUUGGAGGCUAGGCACGCCGGACCCUGCCAAGAAACUCCAGUCCAGCAGACGAAUCUCAUCCCCCUGAAUGUGUUCGAUGGCCACCUGUAGCUGCUGC